AUGAGCCAUCAACAGACGUCGACAUCUCCAGAACCCAUGCCAAAAAUGAGCCUUGCCGGUGACGACCAUACUUCGCGGUUACAGUCAAUGUACAUUACCGAUCCGAAGCAGCGAAAUUCCCUGAUCACUCGACUGAGGACCGCCAGUUCUGCUUCUCGUCCUUACUCACAACCGCUCUCAAUCUCCUUGUUGGCUGAAACUGAAACCUCUUCCUCUCGAUACUCGUGGGGUUGGCGUCAGGACUCUACGGCGCUGCGUCAUGAUCGCCCGGAGAGUGCUGCGAAAUCAAUACUGGCACGAGGUGGUCGGAUGCUGAAACGGCAUGGUAGCAAAUUGAACCUCACCUCAUACCUUUUAGAGGAAGAGCCCAACAAUAGCAAUAUGGAGGUUUCGGAAACUUGUCAACGCCCUCAGCAAUCUCAAAGGACAUCCAAGGCUGCUGGAACCCGGAAAAAGGCAAUAUCGCUUCCAUUCGACUUUCAUCACGUGACUCAUACCAAACACCGGCACUUUGAACGCCUUGAAAGGGGAACCCGGAACGAACUGAUUAACGAAUUUGUCGCAAUACGCGCAGCUCAGAGACCCAAGUCCACACUGCAAGGCAUUCAGGCCACUGACCUGCAAGAUGCUACACACAUGAGACGUUCAGCUGGUGGACUACAGCUCACCUCAUCGACAGCAAGCCACUCACGCUCGCCAGCUGACGAGCAAAGGUUUCAAGCACCAGCACAGACAUUACCCAAAACUCCUGAGCAUCCCAGAUGCAUUCGCUCUACCCGGUCCAUCGAAAACUUUUCUAGACCCGCACCAUGGUCAGCUAGAUCACCAAUCUCGCCUCCACCUCGUACAUCUUCCCGAAGUGUGUGUGAACAUCCAGCUCGUUCAAUGCAACCGAGGAAUAGCUUUCCCAGGAACACAACUGGGGGGUCCAACCACCAGCUCCUUGAUGGUACAAAAGCGGCCCGUCGUUCCCAUUACCACAACAACGAGCCCAAUCUGGCCGCCCCUGAAGCCAAUCUCACCGUCAAUGGCUGCGAUAGACCUUCGACUAGUCCGGCGCUUUUACCACCUCACGCUUCCAAAUUCAAAUCAAAUGUAGGCAAUAGCACUAAGACUGAUCGGCUUGUUUUGGCAGAUAUUGGUACCCUAACGACUAUACCGUUACGCCAUGGCUGUUCAUUUCCGACUGUUAAAACCCUCUCGCAAAAUGACCAUCGUGGCCUUUCUAUCAACGACCAACAAUUCACAGAAAUGAGGUCAGAGUCCUUACAACAAGAUUAUUCACAGCCAGAUUCCGCACAGCCAGAUCCGUUACAACCGGUAUCUCUUAUCCAACCAGCAUCCAUGCGCCAUUGGGAAGAAGUUGUUGACUACAGCUAUGAGCAGGCUGCUGAGGCUGACUGCAACUUCGAUUGGAGCCAAAAAACUGUCUAUGUGGAUGAAGACAUCGAGUCUAUAGGUACAGCAACGCUCGAAGCUCAGCCUGUAGAUGAUUCGGCCUCUUCGAAUAAGAACGAUCUCGAAAUCUCAGAUAACCCGGUAUCUAUGCGGUUCUCAAGAAACCCCAGCCAGAUGCAUGCUACCACCAAAAACAACAACGAUCCAGAGCAUACUUCACAGAGGUCGAUAUGGGAGCUCGAAGACCGUCUCUCUCCUUUUGGUCGACACCAGUCUUCAAGUGAAUUCCGAGGAUAUCAGCAUCUUCCACAAAAAUCCUCCAAAUCUAGUCUAGACCUCUGCGUAUUUAUGAAGGGUCUCUAUAUUGAUCCCGACUCAUGUAUCCAGGAAGAGGCCUAUGAUUGUGCUAGAUUUGAGCUGCCGACCGCACCUAUGGCUUCACUGGAGCGAUCCUUAUCUCAAGCCUCGAGCCUCUUUGGCGGCCUUCACCCCUUACAGAACAAGUACAGCUCAGAUGGCAGCUUGUUGUCGAGUACUCCCUCGACAAUCCGAACUUAUCGAUCCUCAAACUCGGUUAGCAGUCUGCCAGAACUGAUUUACAGCCUAAACAACAGUCGGGAGAGUUUUGGGGGUGAAAAACAACCAAAUACCGAGGUUACCACCAAAGGUCUACAUCUGUCUCCACUCCGCUCGCCCUCUGACUUUCAGUCCCAACUGGAGCUUGAGAAGUCCCGCGGUUUCCAGGUCAUCUUUGCCGAAAGUGCUGCGUCUGAGCUUCCAAGCAUAUCACCGAUAUCUCCUAUCAGACUUCCAGAGAUCUCAUGUGAGCCUUUCGACAACAGCAACAACGACAACAGGGGAGAUCUGAGCAAAGCAAAGGCUGGGCCUGUUGCGGCUCGAAAGAGAUCUGCCACUGCUGUUACUCCAGGAAGAUUACAACCUGUUCGCGGAUCUUAUUCCCUCUUCCCACCGCAGCAAUCCCCUGAUCGCCGUCCAUGA